AUGAGCGCACCUCAUCCAGAUGGCGUCACGCGUCCCCUCGCGCGCGCAGAGGAUGGGACGCCUUCAGACGACGGCUGCCCGCACUUCAACCUCGACAAGGCCACGAGUCAGCUCAAGGCUCUGACAGAGGCUGCGCAAUUCAGCGCCGUCGACACGUUCAUGCUCUACGGCCUUCUCGAGGUCCACGGCAGCCGAGCUGCCAUACUCGGGAGCCGCCACGACGGCCCGUAUAGCGACCCGAAGCUCGUAGGCUGCCUCGAAAAGGUCAUCGCCUUCUACCGCGAUUGCACCUUUGAUACGGACGAUGGUCUCGACAUGCUCGAGGAAAGGUUCUGGCUGCCGUUCAUGCCCUUCUGCAAGCCGUCCCUCUCAAUGACUGCCUGGGCCAUGAACGGCAAGCCAAAGACGAUCGAAGACUUCCUCGGCUGCCCUGCUGCAGCUCUGAUCCGUCUCGAGUCCGAGCUCAUGGUCCGAGCAGAGCUCUCGCUCGGCCUGUGGGAGCACCACAUCCGGCGCAACAUCGAGCAACAGAGGCGGCAGGGAAGGUCGACAGUGCCAAUCUGCUUGCCCUCCGAGCACCGCCAUCCCUUCUGGUACCUGCUCCAGGCCGACGGCCAGGUGAUGAUGCCCAAGCACCCCGAAGGAUACUCGCGGGCGGAGAUUGCGGCCUUCAUCGACUCGCAUGUCCAGAAAGCCAACGCUUGA